AUGGCCUCUCUUCAUAGUCAAGCUUCAGACAUUAUGGGAGAUUCUUUACCGUUCUCCAGCCGUUUCCAAAGCUGGACAUUGCUUGUUGUUGUAUUUCUUCUAUUAUACACAGUUAUUUCAUCCGUCGUCACCUCUCUUAGACCAGGCCUGAGGUCCAUCCCCGGUCCCAUCAUCGCACGGUUCUCGCCUUUCUAUCGCCCAUGGAAGAUCGCCAAAGGGGAUGCGCCGGAUUUUUAUUUGAGACUUCACAGAAAAUAUGGCCAAAUCGUUCGGACGGGUCCAAGGACUGUGAAUCUCGCGGAUCCAAGGGCUCUACCUAUUAUAUACGGCAUUAGCAGCAAAUUCCUAAAGGUAAAGACCACUCAACCAAUCAACGUCCGAUCUAACUUUUCUUUCCAGUCCCCAUUCUACGAUACAUUCAGCCCGUCUUACAAAGGUGAGACAAUGCCUAGCAUGUUCUCUGUUCGUGACCCGGUUGAGCACCAGGCAUUGCGCCGACCGGUUGCGCAGAAGUUUUCCAUGUCAUCAAUCAAAUCCUUUGAGCCAUUUGCGGAUGAGUGCACGAGGAUAUUUAUCGAUGCGAUGCGAGACUUGGAAGGUCAAUGUGUGGAUCUGGGUGUAUGGCUGCAGUGGUAUGCCUUUGAUGUCAUCGGGGCAAUCACGUUCCAGCGCCGGUUUGGUUUUAUGGAAAAGCGAAAAGAUAUUGAAGGUAUGAUUGGGGCUCUAGACAACGGGCUUAAGUAUGCUGGCAUUGUCAGCCAGGUACCUGCUCUGCAUCACUGGCUCAUGGGGAACCGAUGGGUUGCGAAGUUCCUGUCUGCGCAGCCGUUUGUAGAAGUUCGUGAUCCUCUACGGUUGAUUGUGCGGUUUACCCAGCAAUGUAUCGAUGACUAUGAUCGCAAGCCGGUGGAUCACGGUGAUCGUCCGGACUUUCUUGCUUGGCUGCGAGGAGAAGAAGCGAAAGGCAAGCCUAUGCCAAAUCGAGAUAUGAUCAAUCACCUGAGCAACAAUCUACUUGCAGGGAGUGACACGACUGGGGUGUCGCUUCGAGCGAUUAUCUACUUCCUAAUCAAAAACGUACCAGUAUAUCGAAAGCUCCAGAGAGAAAUUGACGAUGCGGAUCAGGCAGGCAAGCUGUCUGAUUACAUUACUUAUGCCGAAUGCCUUGAGCUCCCUUAUUUACAAGCCGUGGUAAAAGAAGCGAUGCGCUGUCACCCCGGAGUGCAAUUCCCUUUGGAGAGAGUAGUUCCAAAGGGCGGAACCACCCUUUGUGGUGUACAUCUCGAUGCAGGGACCAUCGUCGGAAUGAACGCGACAGUGAUGCACCACGACACCAACAUAUUUGGAGGGGACGCGGGUGCUUUCCGACCGGAGCGAUGGACAGAAUCUGACGAUGAGCAUACUAAACUGAUGGAUCGUCAUUUAAUGACAUUCGGGUAUGGGUCUCGAACAUGCAUUGGAAAGAAUAUCUCGAUUAUGGAGAUGGGCAAAUUGGUUCCGCAGAUCAUCCGACACUUUGAGCUUGAAUGGGCUUCUGAUACCCCCGGGUGGCGCGUAGAGACAUUCUGGUUUGCCAAGCAGCAUGGCUUGAAGUGCCGUCUUCGGUCGCGGGCGAAGUGA